AUGUCCCAGGAUGAUAAGAGGGAGCAGAGUAAGCAAAAUAAAACUCAAACCCAAGCUGCAGAAAGCAAUGAGGGUCAUACUGAUGAAGAAUAUGACUUGAUUCAAAUUGAGAAGCAUGGCAUUACUGUCAGAAUUUCCAAAUAUGAAAUCUACAGUGCAAAGGACAUCACUGUGGAAGUGAUUGAAGAGGUCCCACCUGAGCUAAAGCUGAAUGAAAUAGAAGCCAUCAUCUCGGUUGGAUUGAAGAUAUCGCCUUCUGACGCAAUCUUUGACAGUCCUGUAAGAGUAACAAUGCCCCACUGUGGUGCAUUUACAAAGCCUACUGAUGCAGAAGUUUACAUCUAUUAUCGCAAGAACGAUUCUACAAAGUUUACAUCGAUUCUAUCCACCAGCACGAGAAUCCCAAAGUGUGUUGUGAGAGAUCGCGAUCUAGAUGUCUACCUGAAACACUUCUCAGAAUUCUGGAUUGUUGCUGCAAUAAGAAAGACAUUUGUUGGGAAACGUGUCAUUUGUACACCAAUCAUUCCUGUACUAGCCCUUAGAAAUCCCAUGCCUAUUUUGUGGGUCAAUGUCAAGGACCAAAACGUUGCAGAAGGACAGAUUCCAGAAGGAUAUAAGGCCCCGAUUCCUGAGGAGCAGUUCUUAUUCAGGUGGAGGUCCGGGGGAUUGAAGAUUUCUUGCGAUGAAAGCACCUUGAAAGACGAGCCUCAGAUUCUCCAGGAGAGAGAAUUUCGUCACCUAACUGAGCACAAAAAAGUGUUCGAGGUGGAUACACAAAACAUUACUGAGAAUGCAGUCAAUCUACACAUCACCCUACAACAGAAUACAACGAAGAAUCCGCUCAUCGUUCCAAUGUCGUUAAAAGCUACUGUGAUAUCAGAUGGAGGAGCUUGUUCACCAUCAACGAUAGCGACAUCAUCCUCAUCGGCUGGCAAUCAUCCUGCAGAAGUCAUACAUUCUGGUUCUACCUCUGAAACAAGAAUGAUAUCUCAUCCUGAAGAGACCCAUUAUUAUCAAGAGAGCGUGAAUAAAGAACGUCACAAGGAAUCUGAAGUCUCUGCUGAUGCAACUUCAGAGGAUGUCACUAUGUCCCAGGAUGAGAAGAGGGAGCAGAAUAAGCAAAAUAAAACUCAAACCCAAGCUGCAGAAAGCGAUGAGGGUCAUACUGAUGAAGAAUAUGACUUGAUUCAAAUUGAGAAGCAUGGCAAUACUGUCAGAAUUUCCAAAUAUGAAAUCUACAGUGCAAAGGACAUCACUGUGGAAGUGAUUGAAGAGGUCCCACCUGAGAUAAAGCUGAAGGAGACAGAAGCCAUCAUUUCGGUUGGAUUGAAGAUGUCGCCUUCGGACGCAGUGUUUGACAGUCCUGUAAGAGUAACAAUGCCCCACUGCGGUGGAUUUACAAAGCCUACUGAUGCAGAGGUUUACAUCUAUUAUCGCAAGAACGAUUCUACAAAGUUUACAGCGAUUUUAUCCACCAGCACGAGUAUCCCAAAAUGUGUUGUGAGAGAUCGCGAUCUAGAUAUCUACCUGGAACACUUCUCAGAAUUCUGGAUUACUGCUACAAUAAGCAUGAUGUUUAUUGGGAAACGUGUUAUUUGUACACCAAUCGUUCCUGUACUAGCACCUAGAAAUCCCAUGCCCAUUUUGUGGGUCAAUGUCAGGGAUCAAAACGUUGCAGAAAGACAGAUUCCAGAAGGAUACAAGGUCCCGAUUCCUGGGGAGCAGUUCUUAGUCAGGUGGACGUGGUGGAGGUCCGGGGAAUUGAAAAUUUAUUGCAAAGAAAGCACCUUGAAAGACAAGCCUCGGAUUCUCGAGCAAGGAGAAAUCCGUCACCUAACUAAGCACAAACUAAUGUUCGAGGUGGAUACACAAAACAUUACUGAGAAUAAAUUUAACCUACACAUCACCCUUCAACAGAAUACAACGAAGGAGCUCCCCGUUCCAAUGUCGUUAAAAGCUACGGUGAUAUCAGAGGGAGGAGCUUGCUCAUCAUCAACGAUAGCGACAUCAUCCCCAUCGGCUGACAAUCAUCCUGUAGAAACCAUAUGUUCUGCUUCUACCUCUGAAACAAGGUCGAUGAAGAGAAAGGUUACGGCCGGGGAGAUCGUUAAAGGUAUAGUGUAUGAUUGGUUGUUCUCAGAAAAGGGCAAUGAAUCAAUUUCAAAAUUAUUACAUAAAUUAAAUACCUAUAUUAUUGCUCGAUUUUAUCACGGAAAAAAAACUUGCAUAACUUUUCUAUUUUCAUGAUAUUGAGGGGUGAAACAUGUAUUAUAUAUUUAUCGGUUAACCGUAUAUACUUAGGACCUUUCUAUUGACGCCCUCUCGGGUUAAAAAAUAAAUUGAUCUUAGAACACUGUUCGAAUCAUGCAUAUUCAUUACGACCUCAUGCAUAUUGAUGAAAUACGUCAUGGCGCAUGCGCAGUAUCAAGAAAUCCCCAUAUCAACAAUGUGCAGUACUCUGUGCGUGUAGCUGAGUAGAAAGCAAACAUCGAACGGUGCGUGCAAGCUCAAUGAGCCGAUGCUAGCCGGCUAGCGACAUGCUUGCGCUCUGCUUUAGUUUCAGAUAUAAUCCAUUAUCUGCGAUAGCACACAGAGGAUAAGAAUAUUAUAUUGAGCCUAUAGUUCCAUGAUUGUAUCGUACGCGUGGAAAAGGAUUCAGACACGUUCAUUAUCUGACGUGAAUGACGAAGCAAAGGAUUGCCCAAUACGGCUUACUUUCGGAAUCUUAUGUCAUGAAUCUGAAAGUACUCCAAGACUAAAAGAGAUACGAGAAUCCCAGAGAUGGGCAAGGGCCGAGUUCCGAGUUUGAUCUUUAUUCAUGUGGAUUGUAGCUAUUUUAUGCACCUUUUCCCUUCAUGUAUUGCUUGGCGUGCUACAUACGGAAACUAGAGCGAGGCGCUAGCGCAGCUUACUGUAUACUUUGUAUACUGACUCCUUGGCCCUCCCCAAAGGAAAGGGGGAGGGAGGAGAGAGAAGAAAGAAAGAAGUGGAUUGGUGAAAGAGAAUCAGGAGAGCCAUCUUAAAGGGAUCUGAAUACAACAUACCCUAAUUUGAUAUUUUGGUGUUUUUUUUAUCUUUCCUGAAUGUUUCAGUCAGUUUCAGAUUAUUUAGAUCCACUCGCAAAGUACAGAGGAGAAAUUGG